GUGUGAUGAGCAUGGGCAGCGUCUGCAGGGCGACUCCCUUCCCCAGCGAGAGCAACCGGCGAGAGGGCUGAUGCGUUGGAGGCGCUGCCUUAUCCACACUUAAGGACAUACGCGCAAAGAUGACCGAGGGCAGACUGUGUCAAGUGCAGCUGCUGGAUGACAGGAAGCUGGAGCUGCUGGUUCAGCCAAAGCUGCUAUCGUACGAACUCCUUGACUUGGUCUCUUCCCAUUUCAACCUCAAAGAGAAGGAAUUCUUCGGACUCGCAUUUUUUGACGACAAUGGUCAGUGCAAGUGGCUGCAGAUGGACCGCAGAGUUCUUGAUCAUGACUUUUCAAAGAGGCAAGGCUCCGUUGCCCUAAACUUCCUGGUCAGAUUUUACGUGGAGAACAUCACACAACUUAAGGACAUCAUAACAGUGGAGUUAUUCUUCCUGAAUGCAAAAUCCGCAGUGAACAACGGGAUAAUAGAAGUUGAAAGUGAGAAUGUCUUCAAAUUAGCUGCAAACGCUUUGCAGGAGUCUAAAGGAGACUAUACAAGCGAUGAAACCACUCGAGCUGACUUAAAGAAACUACCAACUCUUCCCACUAAGGUUCUGAAGGAGCACCCAUCUCUUGCAUACUGUGAGGAUCGGGUCAUUGAAUAUUAUAAACAGCUAAGAGGAGUCUCCAGAGGGCAGGCCAUUGUGCAGUAUCUCACGCUUGUGGAAUCCUUGCCCACAUAUGGUGUCCACUAUUAUGAAGUGAAGGACAAACAAGGGAUGCCAUGGUGGCUUGGCAUCAGCUAUAAAGGUAUUGGCCAGUAUGAUCUACAAGAUAAGCUGAAACCCAGAAAGCUUUAUCAGUGGAAACAACUGGAAAAUUUGUACUUCAGAGAGAAAAAAUUUGCAGUGGAGGUCAACGAUCCACACAGAAGAGCAGUAACCAAGCGGACCUUCGGACAGACGGGCCUUCUCAUCCACACUUGGUAUGCAAGCCACUCUUUGAUUAAAACUAUUUGGGUCAUGGCUAUUAGUCAGCACCAGUUCUACUUGGACAGAAAGCAAAGCAAAACUAAACUAGGAGCAUCAAAAAGCUUGGAGGAAAUUGCCAUGGAUCUCACAGAGCAUCCAGGGGCAAAGAUAAGCAAACUUGGAGAGUCAGUCCUGAAGAAUAACUUAAUAACGGCCAGCAAUGGGAGCCUGGUAUCGACAGGUUCAGCUGACUCAGAAAUGAGUGAGGAGCUGAAGAAAGAAAAACUCACAGAGCUAAGAAAAAAAGAGCAGGAGAUUCAAGAUAUUUUGGCCAAGAAAACUAAAGAACUAAAGAAAAUUUGUCUGCGAGAGGCGGAGCUUACUGGCAAGCUGCCAAAGGAGUACCCUUUGUCUUCAGAUGAGCGACCACCACUGGUCAGACGGCGAGUUGGCACUGCUUUCAAGUUGGACGACCUUUUCCCUUACAAUGAGGAUCCCUUCCUGAGAAAUCUGGAGAGUAGAUUUGCCCUUCAGCGGAAGAUUGUUGAAGCGGCUAAAAAGCUGGCCAAUGAGCCGGAGCUGGGUAAGACAGUCAAGAAGAAAAGGAGGAGAAACUGUUUGGAUGCCAUGCACAAACUCCAGCAGAUAGAGGAUGAAAUGAACCAGUACAGAGUCAAGAAGGGGAAAAAGCCCACCCAGCGAGCCUCAAUAAUCAUAGCAGAUGAACUCAUGCAAUCAGAUUGUAGCUCCUUGUCCAGCCUUCCGCUGGAAGACGAUGACUCAGAUAGUGCCAGUCAGCGGCCACGGUCGAGGUCUGUGCAAGACUCCCCUCAGUUCAGCCCUUUGCGCUUGCUUGAGGCGGAAUAUGACGUGGACAGGCAAGCAUCUCGAAGGGAAAAUACCAAAAGCCACAACAGAUUAGUUUUGGAAGGCCAAGAGGCUUUCCAAAACUACCACAAUCCAAGAGAGGUCUCCUCCACCCACAGUAGUCCUUAUAAAACCCUCCCCAGGCCUCCCAGAGACCCACGCAGCAUGCCCCCCACACCUGUUAUGACGCGCAAUGCCUACAGCAGCAGCCAGCUCAGGUCUGAAGGCUUGCCCCAUGGCUUCAGGACUCGUAGUGGAAGUUUGGAGUCGCGGCUGAGGAAGGAUGGAGACCUGGAGAAGCCUGUUUUCACCUUGUCACCAGCCCACCGCAGCAACAGCACAGAGGUGUUGGAGGACUGCUCUUCCUACACCAGUCAGUCCAGUUUGGACUUCAGCGGGGCAGGACAUUCCCACUACAGUACGUUGGAUUCACGAAACUCCACCAUGCAUCGUCUUCACCGCAACGUGGAAGUGUACGGAAAUACAGGCAGCAUGCCCAACCUGGUACAGCACCAUUCUGGUUGUAGUUACGCCUGUGAGACCUCAGCGCAUUAUCCACCCAGUGCCUACUACGUCUCCGGCUGCCCGUGUUCCGACAUGGAGCCUUACUCUAACGGGGCUUACGUGUAUGAGAAUGAUGUGGAAGGCCACUACAACGUCAACCCCUCUUAUCAAGUGAACGGCUACCACGGACACGACAGAUUUCGACACUAUGGUUCUGACCGAAAAGACAGCCUUUCCCAGAAUCCGUACGCAACUGUGAGACCGCCAAGGAACAGAGAGGGGCCCAGAAAUGAACUUUUGGCCAAGAACAUGCAAAAGGCCAUGGUGGCGGAACAUUUGAGGGGCUGGUAUCAUCGGAACCGGAGCCACAGGGAAGGCGGGAGGACAGGAUACGACUUUGACUGCGGCUCUCAGCUCAGCCUCGGAUACCAGACCAUGCCAGCGGCCUUCAGCCACUCCAGCAGAACCACCUCUUUCUCAUCCGUGUCGUCAGUGGAGAGUGCAGGAAACUGGCGCAACCAGCUGGCGGUGGGCCUGUCUGAGUAUGACACAGCUGACACACCUCAAUUCUCUCAACAUGCUGGUCGUCCUGCAACAUACAACCGCAGUCCCACACACAACAGAUGUUCUCCAGAAAGCAAAGUAUCGAGGUCUGACACAAAGCCUAAUAAAUGUGAGUCAGUUGAGGUGGUUGGUGCUGAGGCCAUUAGAAUGGAUGAAGCAUCAGACAACCAGUCUAGCACUUAAGGAUUUCACCUUGACGGCAGCUACAUGAGCAUCCAGUGAAAAGGACCAAAACACACUUUUGGAAACACACAAAAAAGCCAUGACCAGCAGCACAUGAAGAGGAUGACCUUUAAACAGAGACUUCCCCCCCACGACUAACCUCUGAACCCAGUGUGCCUUGGAUUGGGAGGAUUGUCAAGGCAAAACAGAAUGUGUCUCAAAACUACGACAUGUUGCGCAACCACACUGACUUAAAUGUAGGAUUUAAAGGCAAAAUGUUUUUAUAGUAAAUCUAACUUAAAUGUGAAGUAGUUGCUGUUACAUUUCAGCGGUUUCAUGAAAAUACCCAUUAUUGGGAACUACAUUUUUUUUUUUUUUUUUGUCCAUUAUCCGCAAUCCUUAUGUGAGACAAGAAAACACAUAUUUCCCUUUUGUGCAUUCUAAAUCGUAAAAAAAACAGAACAAAAAAAACAACUAGUAAUAGGCAACAAACACUGCAAGAAAUGGAACUAUAGUCUGUUCCCCCUUUAAAAAAAACCUCCAAUACUGUUUUAUAUACAUGCCACAAGUAUGUAGGUAAUGUAGUAACAGCCACAUUCUUUAUAACAUGUAAUAUUUCUGGUAUUUUGGUCAUUUUAAGCAUUAGUGUAACUUCUUUCUUGGGAACCGCCAUCAGUGUGUGAAUGUGUGUGUGAAUGGGUGAAUGUGGAAAUAGUGUCAAAGCGCUUUGAGUACCUUGAAGGUAGAAAAGCGCUAUACAAGUAUAAUCCAUUUAUCAUUUAUUUAUAACAUUGAGUUCACUUAGAAACGGUCGCGUUCGUUGCUCUACGCUCUUUGAAAUCAAUGUCAACAACAACAUAGAUAGUACUUUUUAAACUUAGACUUCCUUUUAUUGUCAUUCAUAUUUGAACUUUACAGUACAGAUAAGAACACAAUUUUGUUGCAUUAGCUUGUUGUAGUGCAGGAUAAAAGAGCUAUAAGGUGCAGAUAUAAAUAAAUAUAAUACUGUACAGAUAAAUAUAUUUAACUUUUUCAUAUGCAUCGACGUUUAUGGAUGUAUAUUAUAUUGUCUUUAUAUUCCAGCGAGUUAUUAGGUUUUUUUUGGGUGGGGGGGGAUUGAGGGAAUUAUUUUGAAGCGUUCAAGAGUCUUAUGGCCUGAGGGAAGAAGUUGUUACAGAACCUGGAGGUUCUGCUACUGAGGCUGUGGAACCUCUUUCUAGAGUCCAGCAGUGAAAACAGUCCUUGGUGGGGGUGGGAGGAGUCUCUGCAGAUUUUCUGAGCCCUGGUCAGGCAGCGGCUUUUUGCGAUUUCCUGGUUCUGAGGCAGAGGAGUCCUGAUGAACUUUUCCACCGUCCUCACCACUCUCUGUAGAGACUUCCAGUCUGAGGCACUGCAGGCUCCAGUCCAGACAGAGAUGCAGUUAUGGGUUAUGGGUUAUACUUGUAUAGCGCUUUCCUACCUUCAAGGUACUCAAAGCGCUUUGACACUAUUUCCACAUUCACACACUGAUGGCGGGAGCUGCCAUGCAAGGCCCUAACCACCAUCCAUCAGGAGCAAGGGUGAAGUGCCUUGCUCAAGGACACAACGGGCGUGACGAGGUUGGUAGAAGGUGGGGAUUGAACCAGGAACCCUUAGGUUGCUGGCAUGGCCACUCUGCCAACAUGCGUCACACCGUCCUCAUAGCUAUCAUCUAAUUGUACCGAAACAGACUGACCUUGCAUUCUACGACGCUCUGAUCAGACUCGCACGUGACAUAGAUCUCAUUCACCGCACGCCGCAGGUUGUCAAACAAGAAGGCCCAGUAGCGUGCUCGGAGGUCCACUUUGCGAGGCUGCCGGGCUUUGGUGGGGCUCUUCUCAGCCGCCUUGUUCAACAAGGCACCGGUUGUGCUUUUACUCUCCGCACUGGCAUUCUGCUUCUUAUUUCUUUGGUCAGUAGGCUCUCUAUAGUGCGUCUGUAGAAUGUGGUGAGAGGAGGGAGCUGUGCUCUUUUCAUCCGACGCAAAAAGUGCAUGCGCUGCUGAGCUCUUUUUGCAAGAGCUCCGGUGUGUAGGGACCAGGUCAUAUUGUCAGUUAUCUGCACUCCUAGGAACUUGGUGCUGCUUACGAACCCCACUGCUGUGCCGUUGACAAAGAGUGGAGUGUUGCUGGACUGGUGCCUCCUGAAGUCUACGAUGAUCUCCUUGGUCUUGUCGACGUUCAGGACCAGGUUGUUGGUUCUGCACCAGUCAACCAGAUGUUUCACCUCCUCCCUGUAGUCCAUGUCGUUGUUGUCACGGAUGAGAUUUUUUGUGUUUGUUAACAAUAAGUGUCGAGUUUGUGAGAGCCCAGUGUUAUUAUACAGCACUAUUGCCAAACGUUACAAAUAAAAACGUAAAACAAUUACUUACAAUUUCUGUUGAUGGGAUGUUGUAUCUUUUGGCACUUGUGUUCUCCUUGAGCUGGUACAUUUAGGGUAACACUCAGUAAUCAGAUUUAAUAUGCUUCCUAGCGAUGUUGCGGUGGUUAAUACUGUGUUCCAUUUGUUGAGCGCCAUAUAAUAUCAAGUUGGUAGCUUGUGGAUUUUCAAAGUUAACCGACUUCUCGGCUUGUGUUCACAUCCUUCUACUAUACAGGAGAGAGUCAUGAUUUAUAAUCUUGCAUUCAUUUUUCUUCACUCAAAGGCAGUACAGCAGCAGCAUAAGCAGCUCAAGUUCCUCCUUUUGGUGGGUCGCAACCAACUUUGUAAGCAGCUAAAGUUAGCCAGUAGCUGGUUAUUUGCUAGGCGAUGUGUCACAACGGCAGAAAAGUAGCUUGGUUAAUAUGCAGCUCACAACAGGUAUGGAGCGUUGUUGGCGGUUUUUGGAUGUUUUUUUUUUGGGUUUUUUACCUGCAUUGUUAGCCACCUUGUACUAGCAAUUUUCAAUAUUUAGAAGGCACAUAAAAUAGAAAGUCUUGUGUGUUCUCUAAAAUAGGGACUGUGGAUAAUGGGCAAAAUUCCAAAAAAACGUGCAGUUUUCCUUUUAAAUGGAUGCUGCAGAUUGUGAAGGUGAAUGCAACUUAAUAUGUACAUUAGAGCAGACUGUGUAGUCGAUUAACUUUUAUCCUGUCUUUCAUUUAACAUGAAUGUAUUCUGUCAAUAUUGUUAAUAGUUUGCCAUUUGUCGUCCGUCGUAAGUGCCGUGAUGUGCUUUUUCAAAAUGCAUGUAGAGAGUGUCAGUUCGAUAUGAAGAACUUUGAUAUGACACAGACCCAUAGGCGUAGGAACUGGGGGGACGUAUACAUCCUGCCACCCCAAUAUUAGAGACAGAGAGAUUUGUCCCACCCAAAAAUUAUACCGCAGAAGAGAAUACAAAUGUUUGAUUUUGAAAUCUUUAACUCUUGUGCUUUCAUUUUGAAAGUGCAAUAGCAUAAAGUCACUGGCACUUACUCCUCUUUCCUUGCUGACGAGAGUGGAAGGCAAGAGACGGCGAUCUUUAAAACAAGGUGCAGGGAACAUUGCCUUAAAUAUGGCUUAAUUAUAACUUCUGCCAGUUUAUAUUCAUACCUAGUGUUUAUUUAUUUUUUUAAGAAUAAUGUCAGUGUGAGUAAUGGCUACACAACACAAGGAUGACAUCUAAUCAUAUUCGACCAUUUGUCAACACGUAUAGUAUGACAUUAUACUAAAUAUGUGUAAAAUGCCUUAUUAGGAGGAUGAUAGUACACAGAGUAAUGAGGCAGUUGAAGCAAACACAAUUGGAGAAGGUCAGGUGAGGUCAACAAUUAGUGAAAUAUGUAUUAGCCCAUUGUUACUUUAAAAAAAAAACAUUUUAACAAUGAGAUAAUUAGUAAACCAGGGAAGAGAUAGGUGUGUGGUACGAUCAUAAUAAUAAAAAAAUAUUUUAUAGAUUUUAAUAUUCAGUAUCCAGAAAGCAGAACAGGUGACGACUGAUGUCAAGUUGAUAUUUUAAAGAUGCAUUUUAAUGAUCUAUUUAAUUAUUUCCACGGUUCUAUCAUAUUUUGGGUUAGGUUAUGAGAGUACUGUCAUCCGUCAUGUGUCCCACCUCAGUAUCCCCCAUGUUAAACUCAUUCCUACGCACUUGCACAGACCACCGCCAAAAAACAUAUUCACAUUUGUUUUCUCACACGUUUGUACAUUCAGUGUGUAGUUCUCGGUAUCUUGUUCUGUGUCAUGAUGAAAUAUUUUCCACUACGAAGAAGGAUGUUAAUAAAUACUUGU